UAUCUGCACAUUUUAUAAAUUUUUUAAAUACAUUUCUUCAUCACUUCUAUUUUUUCAGAUAAUAUGGAGACAGAUAACCAGUCGUCGUUAAGACCAAUGUUUUGUGAGCUUGGAGCAAUUACAAGGGCUGACGGAUCAUGUGUGUUCAGUUGUGGAGAUACGAAUGUAGCCUGUGCUGUUUACGGACCUGGAGAAGUUAAACCCAACAGAGAGAUAAUUGACAGAUCAAGCGUGGAGGUUGUUUAUAGAUCCAAGGUUGGAACUACAGGAGUACAAGAUAAGAAGAGAGAACUGUUCCUGGAGAGAACUUGUCAAUCGUGUAUUGUCACUUAUAGGUUGUUUUAGCAUCAUUAUCAUCAUUAGAAUUAUUACUAUCCUAGAGAACUGUUCCUGGAGAGAACUUGUCAAUCUUGUAUUCUUGUCACUCAUUGGUUGUUUUAGUAUCAUUAUCAUCAUUAGAAUUAUUACUAUCCUAGAGAACUGUUCCUGGAGAGAACUUGUCAAUCCUGUAUAUUA